UUGACGAAAACUAAGAUUUAGUCCACAAUAAUUAACUGCAGAACUAACCUUCAACAAAAGAAUCAACUGAAAAUUCUUAUUCCUUGAAAAUUCAAUGGUCAAAAGUUUUCAUUUCUAAGACCAACCCAGCUUGCAAAUUAGACCUAAUAAAACCUUCCUCAUUCUCUCUUUUCCCCUAAUUUUGACCAACAAAUAUUGACUUAGAAAAAAAAAACCAUUACAUAUAAAUAAAAUCUCAUCCCAACCAACAAUCUUUAAACCCACGACGUAAACAAAAAAAGAAACCUUUAUUUUUGUUAGACAAGAGAUGGGUUUUUUAUGGAGAACGAGACUACGUGGAGCUAACGAGAAGAAGAUAACUCCGGUAAUAAGCUGGCCGGAAUCAGAACCGGAGUCAGAGAUAACAAUUCCACCGGAAUUUCAAUGUCCGAUCUCAAUCGAUCUAAUGAAAGAUCCGGUAAUAAUCUCAACAGGCAUUACUUACGACCGCGAAAGCAUCGAAACAUGGAUCAGUUCCGGCAACAAAACAUGUCCAGUCACGAACACUGUCUUAACCACGUUCGAUCAAAUCCCGAACCACACGAUACGUAAGAUGAUUCAAGGAUGGUGCGUGGAGAAAGGAUCACCGUUGAUUCAACGUAUCCCAACGCCACGUGUCCCUUUAAUGCCAUGUGAGGUCUACGAGAUUAGAAGAAAAUUAUCCUCUGCGACGCGGCGUGGGGAUUUCGAGAAGUGUGGGGAGAUUAUUGCGAAGAUUAAGAAAUUAGGGGACGAGAGUGAGAAAAAUCGGAAGUGUGUUAACGAAAACGGCGUCGGAUUGGUUCUUUGUGAUUGUUUCGAGAAGUUCUCGGGAGAUGAGAAAUUAACGAUUAUGUUGAAGGAGAUUUUGUCUCUGCUGAUGUGGAUGAUUCCGAUUGGGUCGGAGGGUAUUUCGAAACUCGCGUCUGCGUCUGCGUUUCAUUGCGUUGCGGGUUUGUUGAAGAGUACGGGCGAUACCGUUCGUCAAAACGCUGCGUUUUUGAUGAAGGAGAUUCUCUCAUUAGACGAAACGCGAGUUCACGCGUUUGCGGUUGAGAACGGUGUCGCGGAGGCGUUAGUGAAGUUGAUUCGCGAUUCGGUUUCGUCUAGCGCGACAAACUCUUCGUUAAUAGCGAUUUAUCAAAUGGUGUUGCAAAAGCCUGAGAUCGCGUCGGAGUUUCUCGAAAUCGGUCUAGUGAAUCUAACGGUGGAGAUGAUCGUUGACGCUGAGAAUAGCGUUUGCGAGAAAGCGUUAGCGGUUCUAGACGCGAUUUGUGAAACCGAAAAAGGGAGAGAGGAAGUGAGUAAAAACGAGUUGGUGAUGCCGCUUUUGGUGAAGAAGAUACCGAAGGUUUCUGAAUCAGCGACUAGGAGCUCAAUGUCAGUGAUUUUGAAAUUGUGUAAAACAGAAAACGCGUUUGCGGUUGAAGAAGUGGUCCGUUUGGGUGCAUUUCAAAAGGUGUUGCUUGUGUUACAAGUUGGGUAUGGAGAAGAAACUAAGGAGAAAGCAACUGAGUUGUUGAAGAUGAUGAAUACACAAAUGAAAUUGAUGAGUGAUUGUGUUGAUUCUUUAAAGGAGUUUAAGUAUAUCAAGAAGCCAUUUUGAUGUUUUAGGUUAGGGAGAAAUUCAAGAGUAUAUAUAAAAAAAAAAUUGAGGUAAACGACAGAUUAGAUUUCAACUAAUAAUACCAAAAACCUUUGAAAGAAACAUUGAAUCUUGGGGAUUACGCAAAUAUUUUGGGCCGCCAACAAGGGUUGAUUCUUGGUGAUCAAGUCUCUUCUCAUGAAUAUAAAACUCACUUAUCUUCUCUUUACUUCUUCAUCUCAUUAUCUCUCUCCCAAA